AUGAAUGUCCUAUCUAACUUGCUGAAUAUAACUAUUUUGAAGGGAGUUUUCAAAUUCCAUCCUAAAUGCAGGAAGAUAAGCCUAACUUAUCUAUGUUUUGCUGAUGACCUCAUAUUCUGUAAGGGCACUAUAGAUUAUAUAAUUGGUGUGCAGUCUGUCUUAGAUGUUUUCUACUCAUUCUCAGGGUUGAAGCUUAAUGCUAGCAAGUGUGAAAUGUAUACUGCUGGAAUCAAUGCUGAGCAGUGUGCUUUUAUCCAAGAGGUUACUGGCUUUAAAUCAGGGACUCUCCCAGUGAGGUACCUUGGAGUUCCUUUGGUGACAAGAAAGAUUGCAGUGAAGGACUGCCAAUGUUUGAUCGAAAAGAUUAGGGCUAAACUGAACUCGUGGGCUAAUAGCCAUUUAAGCUUUGCUGGUAGGCUGCAGCUUAUUCGCUCUGUCCUUUUUAGUAUAGCCAACUAUUGGUGCAGACAGAUGAUUCUCCCUCAAUCUAUAAUCAAGAAAAUUGAGCAGCUAUGUUCCUGGUUCUUCUUGAAAGGAGCUGACCUGUCUGCUAGUGGUGCACGAGUCAGCUGGAGGCAAGUUUAUCUUCUGAAAUCUGAGGGGGAUCUGCUACUUGCUGGCACAGAUAAUGACCUUAGCACAAGGGGAAUAUGGGAGGAGUUGCGCAUCCAGGGCCCCAAGGUCUCUUGGCAUAAGUUGGUUUGGUUUCCAGGGCGUAUCUUGAAGUAA